AUGAACAAUCAGGAUAACAACGAGAAUCUUGUUGCAUCGACAUCCACCUCAAGUUCCCUAAAUCCAAGGACUCCAGUGCAUCAGUUAAAAAAGGUGACAUCAAAUCUCAUUCCUAGAAGUAGUAGGUUACCAUUGGCAGCUAAAGAUAAAAAUCGUUCCCAACGUGGGUAUAAUGUAAAGCAAAAACAUUUAAAAUGUCAAAUUACUGGUAAUACACAAAACGCGUCAAAGAAACCUCCAUCAAAGAAUUUCUGCCAUAAUAUACCCGAAAGCAAGCUCAAGAAAUAUGGUAGUGUUCUUGGAAUUCCCUAUCAGAAUCUAACGAAGACAAAAUCAUUGGUACUGAAGGAUGCCAGUGAUGGUGUAGAAUCGGAGGAUGACGACGUUAACCCAUUGGCGGUGAAAUUGAAGAGCAGACUUAUCUCUAAUGUUGACCAGGAGAAUGAAGAAGUUGAAUCUAGUGGUUUACUAGCGGAAGGUGGGUUGCGAAAACUUAUAAAAUUGCACUCAUCUUGUGACGAGGACUCGGAAGAAGAUAUACCUCAAAUUGAAACUACAUCAAAGAAAAUUCCUGAACUUCGUCAUAUUCCAAACGGUUAUGAGGAAUUUAAGGAUGACUCAAUUACCAAGUUAGCCACAUAUAACUCACCAUUCAUAAGGCUUGCAGGUGACACAAGCGAUAAUGAGAGUAGUGAGGAUGAGGACGAGGCAAUUUCGCUAGACUUUGGAACCAUCGAAGGAUCGCCCUCCCUAGAAGACGAGAUCAUGCCCCGUAAGUUGCACAAUUUAGCUAGCAAUAGCGUAAUAAAGGAUGGAAAUAAAGAUUCAGAAGAUGCAGAUGCCAAGUUCGAAUUUGAUUUCGAAGUGGGCGAGGGCUUAAACUCAAAGGAGAUGCAAUCCUUGUUGGAUUGA